AUGAAUGAAACAGAUUUGCAUCAUUUCCAACACUACCAGAAUAGUUGCCCCAGUGCUGAGGCCAUUGUGAAGAACAUCACUUGGUCUCAGGUCUCAUCUAAUCCUGCUUUACCUGCUAAGCUUCUGAGGCUUUUCUUUCAUGAUUGCUUUGUUAAGGGUUGCGACGCGUCGAUAUUGUUGGACAACCCUCAAAGCGAGAAGCAGGCGGGACCGAACCAGUCGCUGGGCGGAUUCGUGCUGAUCGACGCUAUAAAGGCCCAACUAGAGAAGCAGUGCCCCGGAAAGGUGUCGUGCGCCGACAUCAUCGCUCUCGUGACCCGGGACCGCGCCGUCUCUUUUCAAUUUAAAGCAUCGUUGUGGCAAGUUGAGACCGGCCGGAGGGACGGGACGGUCUCGCUCGCGUCGAACGUCAUCCUACCGUCGCCCCUCUCCGGCUUCGACGGCCUCAAACAGAGUUUUGCAAGUAAAGGGCUCAGCGUUUCCGAUCUCGUGGCUUUAUCAGGUGCACACACUAUGGGAAGAGCAAACUGCGCGUUUGUAACCCCGCGGCUCUUCACCUUCAACGGGAACGGCGGCGUCGACCCGCUGCUCGACGCGGCCUACGCAAACUCGCUGAAGAAGACGUGCCCGAGGGCGCCGCCCGCAGCCGCAACCGUGGAGAUGGACCCAGGGGGCUCGCUCAAGUUCGACGCAAGUUACUUCGUCGCGCUGAAGAAGAACCAGGGCCUGUUCCUGUCGGACGCCGCGCUCCUCCAAGACCCUGUGGCCGCGAAGCUCGCGUCGGGCUUUCAGGACCAGAAGACGUUCCUCGCGGCGUUCGUGCAGUCGGUGCGGCGGAUGGGCGCCGUCGGCGCGCUCACGGGGAACGCCGGGCAGAUCAGGAAGCAGUGCCGAGCCGUGAACUCGUAA